AUGUCGACCAACGCGGCACACACGGACACCAGCAAUCAAGCUGUUCUCAAUGGCGACCACUCUCACGACAAAGAUUUCGCGACGGCCACUCGAGGAAUGAGCCACGAGGAGAAGACAGCCGCCCAACACGCUGCCCGCUUCGGAUAUGGCCCUCUCGCCCAUAUGCGCACCAACAACGAUGCUACUUUGCCAGCCUUCGGCGGUGAAUUUCAACCCGGUCUCUACAAAGGCGUCGAGGGACGCAAAUUCGCUAACCCUGCUCCUCUCGGUCUGUGCGCUUUCGCCUUGACGACCUUUGUACUCUCCUUGAUCAACUUGGGGACUCGAAACGUCGAAGUGCCCAGCAUCGUCAUCUCCCUGGCCUUCGGCUACGGUGGUCUUGUUCAGCUUCUCGCUGGCAUGUGGGAAAUGGCCGUCGGCAACACUUUCGGUGCUACCGCCCUAUCAUCCUAUGGUGGUUUCUGGAUCUCCUUUGCAAUCAUCCUCACUCCUGGUGGCUUCGCAAUCGAGUCGACUAUCAUCGAACAGCAGAACUCGAAGGCGCUGUAUGACUGCUUGGGCUUCUACUUGAUGGGAUGGUUCAUCUUCACCUUCCUGCUCCUCAUCUGCACACUGAAGUCUACCGUGGCAUUCUUCCUCUUGUUCUUCACCCUGGAUCUCGCCUUCCUCAUGCUCGCCUGCUCCUACCUGAUCCUCGAGAGCGGCGAGCCUCACGUCGGUCUUCACCGUGCCGGAGGCGCCUUCGGCAUUAUCGCCGCCUUCUUGGCUUGGUACAACGCCCUGGCUGGUAUUGCCGAUACCUCGAACAGCUUCUUCAUCGUCCCCGUCCUCCACUUCCCCUGGUCGGAGAAGGGCAAGCAGAGACGCCAAGAAAACAAUACCGAUCACACUGCAUAA